AUGUCAUUUGUCAAUCCAUUUGGUUCUAAAGACGGUGGCUCGAACGGAUUAGGCCAUAACGGGUUUGAAGUGUCUUUGAACUACGUGGCGGGUCUUCCAGAUGCGAAUCUGGUUCAGCAUUCAACGUUGAAGUUGACGUUUAAGGCGCUGUUGAAAAGGGAUGACACGACAAAGGAAAGGGCGCUUGGGGAGCUGUGUAACUUCAUAUGUGCUGAGAACCUGGAAGUGCUGAAAGAUGAUAUGGUGCUGAUGACAUGGGUCCAGCUGUAUCCCAAACUAUCGGUAUCAGAUUCAAAGAAUGUGAGAUCUUUGGCUCAUCAGGCCGAGACACUAUUCAUUUCGGUGCUGCAGAGGUCAUAUGCCAAGUACCUAAAGGAUACUAUCCCUGUGCUCCUCACAGGGAUCUACGAUAUGGACUCGUCGGUGGUGAAUUCAACGCUAAAGAACAUGUCAGCCGCGUUCAAAGAUACUACAAAGAUCAACAAUCUUUGGAUCAUAUUCCAACUGGAAUUGUUGGAGUUCGCUGAUCAGGUGAUCAAUAAGGAGACUGUGGAUUCCAUAUCUGACGAUAGAUUCGUUUCCAGAGCUGAAAUGGAGCUGAAAUAUCAAAGACUGGUCAAUGCCUCGAUUCCAGUGGUUUCCCAUCUCAUACAAUUAGCGUUAAAGACCUCACCGGAGAAGGUGGAAUCGAAUAUUGAGAAGUAUCAAGAGUUUUUCCUAUAUGAAAACCUGUGGCAUUAUCUCAGGGUCAGUUCUAACGGUAACGUCCAGAGAAUUUAUAAAACUGUUCUUUCUCUGGUAAAUGCCGUG